AUCUACCACGAUGACCUACCUAAACAGUCGUAAAAUUGGCCUACCUGGCAGCCCAUAAUUUCCCAUCUUUUUUUUUUAAAUAUGUGUUAUAGUUAUUGUGUGUGUAUUUUCCUCAUGGAUCUUAUUCCUAAACGCACUCUAUACGGCCCGUGUGAUGCCACGGUAACGGGCAUAAUUAGUGUGUUAAUCAAGCAAGUGUAGAAUCAAUUAAAUUUUGAACUCUGCCAUGUUGGAACGUACGGUAAUGUGACAUCUAUAGUCAUUUGUGGCAGAUUUGCCAGUAGGCCCUAGAUGCUGUGACUCCUUGAAACGUUUGAUGAACCAUGCCGUUCGUUAAAUAGGUUUGGAUUUGUGUUUCCUGGUUGCGGAGUGGGGAGAAACCUAACAGAAACCUUUUAUGUUGGACUGUAAGCAGAGCAUAUGCUACUAUACUUACUUAUUAUUAGAACAAGGGUUUGGAGAGUGUGUGUAACUGCAGCGAGAAUUUACACCACUUAAUUAGUAUACAUAGUAGAAGAAUGUUUGUUAAUACCGGUACUAAUAUUACUAAUAAUAGACACAUUUCAUGAUACAGAUUUGGAGAGUAGGGACUAUUAUUCACCAAGAGAAAAGACUGAUCGCAUAAUACUGUUAACACUUAGAUAGAUGGUCAAACUUACGUAAUGAGAUCGAUACUUCUUAGUUAAUGAAAGCCUGGUCGAUCUUGUCUGAGUGUGUCACCAGUUGAAACCGAAAAAAGGACCAGCGGUUCUCACGUUUUAAAUUUAAAGACUCCUUACUUGACUUUAUAUCAUUUUCUUUAACCCUUAGAUGAAAAUAAAUCCCUUUGCCAUGGUCAAGUUUUUUUUCGUUUGCAUUUUCAAUUUGGAUUUUGCCGCAUACGCGUGUACGUUCUGUGCUUGAGAAUUUCACGACAUCAAGUUGGAUUUCUGUUUUUAGUUAAUUAAUUUUUUAUUUUUUUUGGUGUUUAAAUGGUGAAUAAGCAAGCUAUGUGGAAUAAGUCAUUGGAUUCACAUGCCAUUUAAAUAUUGGAGCAUACGUCUCAGUUAAAGGACAUUGUCAUGCCAUUGAGCAACACAAUAAGGGAGGAGGAUUUAGAAGAGAAAAAAACUGAUUUGUGGUAAAGGGGAGAGCAUGCUGGGGUGGGGGGGGGGGGUAAAAUCUUAGUUGGGGUCUGGGAUAAAUACGAGGGGGGGGGGGGGGGGGGGGGGGGGGGGGGGGGGGGGGGGGGGGUAAAAUCUUAGUUGGGGUCUGGGAUAAAUACGAGACUUGAUGAUGGGGCGUAUCUAGGGUAAGUGCAGCCCCAAUUCCACGAAAAAAAAAACAAACAACAACUCUACAGUUGGCCAAAAACUACAUCAUUUUUAUUAUAAAGAUAAAUGUGCCACCCAGGGUGGACUGACACCUCCGCAUACAUUUCCUAUAUGCCACAUGAUGGGGGUUCCUUAUUAAAAAAUAAACUCGUCUAUGCAUUCAAAUUCAAAUGUUUGAUUUCUUUAAAAAAAUUAACCUAAUUUUAUUGUCCCAGCCCCCACACCUGUGACCCUUUAUUUUUUAAACAAUUGCACAAUAAACACAACUAAGAUAACAACACUAUCCUAAACCGGUCAACGAAAUGUUCAACACGUUUGCGUUAUUAGUAUUAGAUCUAGUUCAACUCGUCCUCGUAGGAUUGGGUUCAGAUGCUUAUUUUUUUCAAAAUAAAAGUUAAUUUUUAAAAAAUAAACAACACACAGUUUGUGAAUCACUGACUAAUUUUUUUAUUUUUUUUAAAGUUCAAAAUCGAAAAGGUUGUUAAAUUUGUGCGUUGUCCCGUCGAUAGUGUACACGAGUUAACCUAGCACGAGUUGGCUUCUGGGACGGAUGGUGGAUGGAUAGCUGAUGGAUUGAGCCCGUGUAGUUAGUUAGUCCCUGGCACUGAUAUCUGGAUACAGUCACACGCAAUGCGAAGAUUAGUUUCAAACAGCCAGACGUCGAGCGGUAAGAUUCUCCAUCUCAGACUUUUCCUCUCUUUAACUCUAUCUUGGCCCAAGCAGUGGCGUUGUUAAGGUUGAUUCCGUUCAGCUGGUGAACCCAAUCAUAGAUUUGAGAAGUCCUUAGUUCGGCCCUGUCUGGUCACAGGGUACCCGCGUAGUAGCAGUGACAAAUAUGAAGAAACCAGGCAUUAACCAAAAGAAGGUCCGUACUUUACAUGGAAAUACUAGUACAUUUAAUUUGAUACAAAUUGUUCUUCGCUAAAAAUUAUUUUCUUUGUUCAAAAUAUCAAAUAAGAUAUUUAAAGUCUGCAAAAGGAAUCCGUUCAUAUUUUUUUCCAACUAUAGUCAGGCCACAGCAUGUCAGAGGGACAGUGAACGGACCCCUGUUUUAAAACGUUUGAGUACCCCUGAUAAAAUUUAAACAAAAAUAUUCAGCUUUGAACUUAGAGCAGCGGUUCUCAACCUUCUUAAUGCCGCGACCCUUUAAUAGAGCUCUCCAUGUUGUGGCGACCCCCAACCACAAAAUUAUUUUCAUAACUGUUAUUAUAUGUGUUUUCCGUUUGUCUUCGGCGACCCCUGGGAAAUGGUAAUUCGACCCGCAAAAGGGUCGCGACCCAUAGGUUGAGAACCGCUGAACUAGAGGAAUCGCACGAGUUACCGCCCGUCCGACUAGUAUUUGAGUGCAGUGACUUGCUUACGGGACUUGAUCUCCAGAUUUUUUGGAAGAUGUUUUCUCUAACACCAUUUACGUUCAACCAUUGGACAUGGCAGCGGAGGUUUAAAGUAUAUACGCGUUGAGAUUUUGUAGGGUUUGAGCUCCAGCCGACGUUUGUCCAGUUGACCACACACCCACCCAGCCACCCUUGAAUUUCAUUUGCAAUAAUAUUAUUCAUUUAAAAGCAAUGUUGUUCUUUCCUUUCACAGUAAAUCGAUCUACCUUCGAAUUCAGUUAAUGGUGAACUCAACCAAUGGCAGAUCGCCUUACCAUUGACAUCCUCCAAUCAUUGACCCCCUUUCACACGGACGGCUCGGACAACGUCACAAGGGCUUCCCGUGACGUACUUAUCAGCCUCGUCAAAACUGAGCCGAGGAUUCACGACGUUUUCUUCUCAGACUUUGAAGCAGCACCAGAGGCGAAGCUCGUGGACUUGAGGUCAUUUCCGCUAGCCACGUUUGCGACCUUGUUCCUGGCCGAGGCGAUAACGAAGCUGAAAGAUCCUUACAACUUCCACGGCGCCAUUAGCGAGGGGGUGGUCGGAAAUAAACUCAGGGAAAUCUACGAAAGUCUUCAGUGGAAAAAGCUAGGUUAGCCAUUAACAAUUGACUUGAUAGCUACCGGGUACAGUAUAUUGUUAUUGGUAUCACUGGCGGGGCAUCUUCACUGAACUUAAUAACACAUUUCAUAUGUUGAAUAAUAUGCAGCAUCAACGGGGCUAUUAAAAUACUGUAGCAAGAUAUGAAGACAAUGCACACAACGUGGUUAAGUGUAAUUGUUAAACCGUAGGUUAUAGUUGUACGCAUUGGAACUAGUAAAGUAGUAAAAAAAAAAAAAAAAGAGAGAGAUAAAUAUGGAGGUGGGAGAUUGGAGGAAGAGAUGGUGUGUGAGAGCGAGGGGACAGAAAAUAAAUAAAAUGUAAACAAAAAAAAAAAAAAAAAAAAAGAGAGAGAUAAAUAUGGAGGUGGGAGAAUGGAGGAAGAGAUGGUGAGGGAGAGCGAGGGGACAGAAAAUAAAUAAAAUGUAAACAAUAAUGUCGUCAUUUUAUUCUUGGUGUUUUAUUAUUUUUUUUUUAUGAAGCUAAACACGAUACUUGUGAAACGCAACACAUAUCUUAAUUAACACAAUAAUUCCCCUUAAAACAAGUAAUGUACUACUGAUUAAAUAGUAAUGGGACGGAGUUACUUUCCAGGUUUCCAAAUCUACACUCUGGUGUAUCCGGAUGUCGUAAAGGACGCUAAGACCAACGUGAGUCUGCGAGACUUCAUGACGUCAGAUGGGUUAGUGUUCAUGUGGCUGGAUAAAUUAUUUAAAAAAAUUAACAUACCCCCCCCCCCCCAACCACCCACCACUCCCCAACACCCUGAGGACAUUCACAUUUUGAAAGAAAAAAAAAUUGAACGCGUGACGAAAUUUUCCUACCAACUUUAUAUAAAUCAAAACUACCCUUGGCCCAAUGCCUGUAUCAGAAUAGAACAACUUCACACCAAUACUGGUACUACACUAAAACCUGAACAUACAUUUUAAAACACAAUUCCUGACAAUUUACAACACCGCUUGAGUAUAAUACAAUAGAUACAACAAUCAGAGUACCGGUAUAAACUAACCCUAGCCUUAAGCGGAAGUAGGCCUAUCAGAGUACCGGUAUAAACUAACCCUAGCCUUAAGCGGAAGUAGGCCUAUCAGAGUACCGGUAUAAACUAACCCUAACCUUAAGCGGAAGUAGGCCUAAGCGUAACUCAGUAAAUACCACCACCAUUCCAUAUCCAUAAAUAAUUAUUAUACAUAAUAAUAAAAUAAAAGUGAAUUUAUGGAUUAAAAAAAAAAAGAUUUAACAAUCAAUAUUGUUGUUAGCAAAAAAAAAAAAAAAAAAAAAAAAAAAAAAUAAAAAAAAAAAAAAAGAAAAAAAAAAAAAAAAAAAAUUAAAAAAAAAAAAUUUUAUUAAAAAAAAAAAAAAAAAAAAAAAAAAGAUUGUUUAAAAUAAUAUUUUGAGAUGGUAUUAUCCGUGGACAUGCCCAGUUUAAAUUUUUUUUUUUCCGCAGCCACAUUUGGGCAGAGAAGCUGGUCAACAGCGUGUACGAGUCGUCCUGGACGCGAACCAUUCACCAGAAGAUUGUCAAGGGGAAGUACUCUGAGCAGAUGUACAACAGGGACAUGAAUGCGCUUUUUGUGAAGCUCCACCUCUUGGAUCCACAGUCCGUCAUUCCAGCCUACCAGUUUCUCUUGAAUCAAAGAGGUAUAGCUAAAUAAAGAUGCAUUUGUCAUGCAUAAUUCGAGUGGAAAGGAAAGCUUUUAAAAAUAGAUUGAACGUCAUUCUUCGUUAUGCCAUGUGUAGACAAACCUGCAGCCAUAUCAACUUUGAAAAUAAUUAAUCACAUGCCCAUACUGAGCUAAUUCUUUUAAAUGUUCUUUUUUUCGUAUAUAUCAGGGGGUCAAGUCCUGGGGAAAAAUGCAUGGGAACGCACCCAAGACCCCCCCCCCCCCCCCCACACACACACGUAUACACCUUUUUCCCUGAAACGAAUGUGUAUUUAUUUUUAAACCAAAAAAAAAAAAAGGAAAAAAAAAGUACAAUAAUGCCGUUCCCAUACGUUCCUGCGGGACUCGAGGCCUGAGAUUUAUCUUUUUGGAGUUUGUGAGUUGGAAAUGUGAAUGGGGUAAACAUGAGGUACUCGAACCCUCCCGUUACUUACCAUGAUUAAACUGGUGAAAUGUAUAUACCGGGUUAUAUAUACUUUUUAAAUGAUCUUUUAAAGUUUUGAUUCCAUUCUGAAUAUGUAUCUCUUGUCUCAUUAUUCUGUACAUCAGUACAUGUAUCUCUUGUCUCAUUAUUCUGUACAUGUGUACAUGUAUCUCUUGACUCAUUAUUCUGUACAUCAGUACAUGUAUCUCUUGUCUCAUUAUUCUGUACAUCAGUACAUGUAUCUCUUGUCUCAUUAUUCUGUACAUCAGUACAUGUAUCUCUUGACUCAUUAUUCUGUACAUCAGUACAUGUAUCUCUUGUCUCAUUAUUCUGUACAUCAGUACAUGUAUCUCUUGUCUCAUUAUUCUGUACAUGUGUACAUAUAUCUCUUGACUCAUUAUUCUGUACAUGUGUACAUGUAUCUCUUGUCUCAUUAUUCUGUACAUGUGUACAUGUAUCUCUUGACUCAUUAUUCUGUACAUGUGUACAUGUAUCUCUUGUCUUAUUCAUUUUUAGCCUUGCCAAUCGUCAACCUCGAGCUUGCAACUCGAAACUAUCUCGGGGGACCUCUGGAGUGUACCGUGAUCCAAAAAGACGUUGAGAGAGCUGAACACAAAUCCAGCGCCCCUGUGCACAUUAGUAGACUGAGCCUAAACACUGACGUAGAUGUUCAUCAUGGGAUCGAGGUGGACGAGUUCAUUGUGACAGAGUGCAGGAACCUCGGCUUGUGGGCGGGGACACGCCCGGAUAACUUUAAAAGUGUCAAAGCAAAAGAUAGAUGCCGUAUGAUGUAGGCAAUGGUGCACCUAGGGGAUGCGAGGGGGUGACCCCCCCCCCCACUUGGGUAGCACUUAUAGGAUUUAUAUAUAACAGUAUAUAAAUGCUGUGAGUUUGUGGGGAAAAGGUGUGUGUGUAUGUGGGGGGGGGCGGGGGUCACUUUUGAGAGUUUGCAUUUAGUCAAGGUAUAGGUCACUGGAUGAAAGCGCAAAAUGUAUGUCCUAAUAUUAAAAAGAUUCAACUUGCUUGUUAUGAAAUAUGUGUAUUUUAUUUUUACUCAUUGUAAGUAGCAUCGCUUGUUUUGACAAAUAGCCAAAUAUAAUACUAAUAAUAAUAAUGAUGACGAUCUGGAAAUAAAAAGUAUCAUCAAACUUU